AUUUCGAUUCGUAGUGUGACCAGACGAAGUCAGCAAAUAGAUUUCUAUGAGAACGUGCUCCGAUUUUAAAAACUACAAUUAAUUAAAAAAUGGCUACAAAGACUAAAAAAGAGAUAAUCCAGUGUGAUUAUUGCAAUAUCGAAAAAGAUGCCAAUUACAUUUACACGGCAAGAAAACAAUUUGCCGGCUGCAAGAUCAUUGAUAUUCUACAAAUCGUCACACACCGCACCAUUCCGGCAACGUUGCCCAUCAAGUUGUGCAGCUUGUGCGCCUCAACGUUGCAUGCGGCAACUGGCGCCAUAACAAAAGCUGAGGAAAUUGUCUCCCAACUGCUCGCACUCACUGCCAAAAAGCCGAACACCGAAACUAACCUUGAGGCAGCAGCAACUGAAAAAGUGGCAGACACAAACAUUGUGGCGCCAUCUAUUGUUCAAAAAAUUGCUAAAAAGCAAACAGAUAAAGUAAAUAAAUCCUUGGCUAAUGGACCUCAAACUGCUGUCAAGAAAGACGAGAAAGCAAAGGUGCCAGAGACAGUGACACCUUUAGCAGCUCUACCUUCUCCCAAUAAACUGUCCCAAUUUGAAAGUCUACAGAAUGCAGUGAAGCUAAGGCCCGCCAAGGAAGUGCCAAUCCAAACGAAGACCUUCAUUCAGUUGUUUGGCAACAGUGCAAUAGAGAGAGAUGAGGAGGAGGACGAGGAUGAUGAUGACGACAAUAAGGAUGAUGACGACGAUAAGGAUGAUGAAAAUGAUGCAGUUAUGCAGAAGCCAGGCAUUAGGAAUAUAGCAAUUAAUUUCGAAUGCAAACUUUGCGACUUCACCUGCGUCUACCCGAAUGCCAUGAAACAGCAUAUGCGUGAAAUGCACGGACAGAAGCGUCCGCGAAUCUACAACUGCUUCAAUUGUGUCAAAAAGUUCGGUCGCCUAAUUUCGUUAAAACAACAUCUCUUGGAGCACAAUGUGACCGAAGAGAAGGUUGAAGAAAAGAAACCCCGUAAAGACCUGGCAGUGGUAACUGCUUUGAAGCCAAAGCCUUUAGCUAAUGUUAUCAACGAUGAAGGUAGCUUUGAGCCCGUUAAAGAUCUGGCAGUGGUAACUGCUCUAAAACCAAAGCCUUCAGUAAAUUUUGUGAACGAUGAAUGUAGCUUUAAAAUUGCGCACACCAACUCAUCCACGCCAAAACCUGCAUCGGAGAAGAAACAGAAAUAUACAUGCGAUAAAUGCCACAAGGAAUUUGAAACGGUUAAAAGCGUUGCAGAACACAUGAGCAGCAUUCAUAAUAUUUCGAAAGUCUUCAAGUGUGUGGUGUGUGAUGCUGAAUUUGCGCACAAGUCCACCGUGCAUCGUCAUUUCAAAAAGAAGCACGGCCCUGAUGCGGUGGCCGCAAACGGCCUGACAGCCCAGAAAAUUACUAUGCGACGCAAGACAAUGGAUACAACUGAAAAUACUCCAACAAAAAUAUCAAAGAGGCGCAAAACUGUUGCAGUUGAGGCGAUAUCACAGGUACAAGAGGACAAGGAGGAGACCCUCGCGGAAUCUUUGGAGGAAAUCUUCGACGAGCUCACUGAGCACCUCAUAGAAGAGCCCAUUCAGAUUAAGGCACCCUCGCCGAGCAAAUCCAAUCCAAAAGAGGACAGUCAGCUUGUGCAGUCCUUAAUUUUUCCCAAAGACAAAGCUACGCCCAAGAAGCAAAAGACGCCCAAAGGCGAACUUAAAGAAUUAUUUGCGGCCGAGUCGCCAAGCAAGCGUAAAUCAAUUGAAAAAGGCAAGGAAAUCAUCGCCACGCCCACGAAGCUACAAAACAAAGAUCACAAACAACACACACCAAGCAAAAAGCAGAAAUGCAAGUUGGAUACAGAUGUGCUGGACUCUCCGCAGUCUACAGCAACUAUCACAAAUGGGCAGCCAAAGAAGCAGCGCAAACGCAACGCCUCCGAUAAGCAGCAGGAGAACUUAUCCCAGGAGGACACAGCUGAUGAGGAGCAGCUACCUAGCACACCAGCAAACCAAUUAAAGGCUGAGAAAUCAGAAAUUGAUACCAUUGACUUAAUGGACGAAAUCAAUAGUAAUGUGAAGCCGCACAAGCGUGUCAAACUGGACUCGUUCAACGUGUCCGUCUCCGGGUCUGAGCUCAGCUGCAGCAUGUGCAGCAAGGUGGUCGUUUCCCGUAAGCGUCUCGAUUCGCACAUGCACAAACGGCAUGCAGCACAGCUCAACUGCCCUAAGUGCAAGACGACCCACACCACCAGCGAUGAAUACGUUAGCCACUUUGCCAACUGCAAUUCGAGCGACGGAUUGGCGUGCGGCAUUCACAAAUGCGACAAAGUUUUUCUCUCAGCCAAUUAUCUGAGUGCGCACUUGAAAAAAAAACACAAAGCUAAUUAAUAUAAAUUGUCAAGGUGCAACUAUAUUUAAGACAUUGAAUUAUCUUAGCUUUUUUACCUUUGCAAUGGAGGUAUAAUUUCUUUUUUCUUGUUAAAUGUUAAGCAUAUCAAAAAGAUAUACUUAGAUUAGUUAAUAAUACAGCUCCCAUUGGAACUAUUAAAUGAAAACAAGAGUUCGUGGUUGAACACAUUUUAAGUUUAAGUUUAGUUCAAAUUUUUACUGUACUCCUAAGCGUUUUGAUUUGAGUUGUCAACUUUAUAUUUUUCUAUUAUGCAUAUUUUCUACGAAACUGAGUUCUAAAAUACAAAACCAUUUUGUAUUUUUGAAGAAGAAUUUUAAUAAUAUUCAUCACAAUAUUUAGUGCAUAAGAUAUGUGGCCAUCGGACAAAAAUUGUUCAACUUUUAACAUUUUUAAUCAUCUCAUGUAUUUUACAGAUAUAAUAACAAAGCUGACAAACAGGUUGAAAAUAAUUGUAUCCUUUGUAAACAGUACAAAUAACAUUUGCAUUUGAAAAACAUACACAUUAUUUUUUUUACUUGUAAUUCAUUUAAUAACAUAAACAAUAUGCACAUUGUAAUGUACAAGAAAAAAAAACAACAUUUUGAGAGCAGUUCGUCUAGCAGAGUACGUUGUGUCAUGAAUUAUCCUAGAGACGAUGCAAUCUGAUUUAUAAGUAGAAUUAAGAUGUUACCCAAAAUAAAUUUUUUUACGCAGAACCCGCGCGUAACGAAAACAUAA